AUGACGAGCUUCGACGCACACUGCCAUUGCGGUCAGACGGAGUGGACGGCGAAGCUGGAGCCGGAGCAGCAGGGGCAUAUUCUUUGCCAUUGCGAUACUUGCAAGUACCUCUCCGGGUCGACCUUCACCCUCAACCAAAUCAUUCCUACGUCCUCCCUGAACAUCACGAAGGGCGCGUCUAAGCUUGGCAAAUACACCUACUACGGCGAGUCUGGCAAGGGCGUCCACUGCUACUUCUGCCCCAACUGCACCUCGCACGUGUACCACCAGCAGGAAGUCAUGGGCCCGGACAAGAUUGUCCUGCGGACGGGCUUGCUCACCGAGGGCAUUAAGAACUUCAAGCCGGCGGCGGAAAUCUUUGGCAAGGCGAAGUUGCCGUGGGAGAAGGAGGUCGCGCAGACGUUUGAUACUAUGCCUCCAUCGUAA